AUGCCUCCAAUCACAUUGGAGAGUUCGGACCACAUGUUCCAACAUUGCUCGUCGAUGAAACAUGACUUUUUAAUGCCUAACGGUAUUGUCCUAACCUUGAAGCCCGACCCGGAUAUUAGUUUGGCGGAUCUGAAGGCUCACCUCUGGGAUUUGGCUUCUGCCGAACCCCUUUACGAAUGUCUGGGUCCUCCAAAUGACUACCUCUUCCAGGGUAUUUCAUCACCCAAGGCUGAGGAGGAGGAAUUUUACGAUGAGCAAUGCAAAUUUGCUGGUCUUCAGCUUCUCCUUCCUUUCAUGCGUCUGGAAAAAGUUGCUGACGACACUCAGAUAAUUGAGCAGAAGCGCAAUGCCAUGAUUGCCAAAAUAUCCACCAUAUCUCAGGCUCACCUCAAGGCGGCAGAAGGGGGCAACCCGGAGCUAGCUUGGGCUCGCCAGUGCCUCCUCGGGAUGUCUGAAGCCAAUAUGAGGCGUCUGGAGGCAGGAGGGCCCGUUUCCAUGGCGCAUUACCUCACAGCUGCUUCACUUCAACCGAAGCUGAAUACAGCACUGCAGCGACGUCUGCAACGCCUACCUUACCUUACCAUUUCGGCAGUUUGUGUAGACUGCUACAGUCCGCCAACCCAACACCUCCUCAAACUGAAUCUUCCCAAGUCGAUCACUGUGGCGGCGGCGAUUAAGGAGAUCAUUGAUGAGCAGAGGCGACUUGUGCAGGGUGAUGUUAGCUGCCAUGAUGUGGAUCCAGCCCCUCAGUACCUUCUCAAAGUGUGUUGUUCUCAAGAGUAUUUAUUUGAACAAGAGAGUGCACUGGUGCACUACGCUUACGUACAGGAGUGUCUUCAACGCGAUGACAUUCCACGCCUCACUCCAGUCCUUCUCAAAGAUGUCCUAGAAUGCCUCGGCUUGCCAGUGCCGGAGGUGGUAAACUGUGAGGAUUGCACACCAGCAUACCCCUCCCCUGCAGUCGUCUCUAACGCCGCUCCCCUCCCUUCUGUUAUCGAUCUCUACGGGGUGAAGGAAGAGGAUGAGGAUGAAGGCGAUGAGGCGAUGGAGGCAAGCGUAGAUUUGUGGGACUUACGGGACUACUUCUCUCUUACUGUCCGCGCUGCUCAAAAACUCACUACAGUGACGAAAAAUCCCUCAACGGAGAAAUUGGAUACCGGUUUAUUCUUCACAGGCUCCUCUAGUUUCAGUGAUCUCACCACGGAUGUGACAGCAUCGCUGGGUGGCAGUGAGAGUAGCGGCAGUGGCAGGGGAGGAGGAGUGUCAGCCUCCACCACCCCACUAUCGGCUUCGUCGGCCUCAAGUCUUGAUGCCUCAUCGGGUAGUGUGGUGAACAACUACAUUGUUCGAGUGGGAUUGGCUCAUGGUGGACAACUGCUUGCGAAGUACCAGGUUGUCUUCUACUCUAACACACGAGGUGCAAUAAUCGUAAUGGGUGGCAAUUCGGUCCUUCAAUGGAACCAAUCACUUAACUUUCGCCUAAUCUACUCCAACCUGCCACUCGCCACCAGGGUCUGCGUUGUCUUACUCCAAGUGAAACGACGUCCUGGCCGAAUCAUGGAGUUCCCGGUAGGCUGGGCGAAUAUGAACCUCUUUGAUGAGAGGGGCUACCUUGUUACGGGUCGCCGCUCUCUUCCCCUGUGGCGCAGCAGCUUCACCUCACCAGAAACUGAAACCACCCACCAACUCAAUCUCGCCGGCACUGUGGCCGAGAAUCCCGAUCCCGAGUUCACUCUUGUGCUGAAUUUCUGUCAUCCUAGCAACCAAAAGGCCCGUAUCCGCUUUCCUAUCUCCCGUUUCAUCACCACCGUGCGCGGCGCCUCCCCUAACACACCCACUGCUACCAUCGUCCCUUCACUCCAUUCCAGCGACUCCGACAUCCGUGUGAUCCGUGAUCUCAUACACCGGGACCCCUUCUACGAGUUAUCAGAGCAGGACAAGGCUCUUCUCUGGCGCAUCCGCGACUCAUGCUGCCGUAGACUUUACCCUGCUGAAUCGUUGCCUUGGCUUGUGCAGGCUGUGGCCUGGGAAAGACGCGAGUUGGUGGAGGAGUUCUACCGCCUCCUUGCUGUUUGGCCACGACCCCUACCCGUGGAAACCUCUCUCCAACUCCUGGGUGUGGCGGGCCUUGCUGGUACCGCUGCCGCCGAAGGGACGUUUGGAGAGGGUGGUGGGGGCAGUUAUGUGAUGGCCGGGGGGCGCACGACCGGUGUAGCGGACCCUCUGGUUCGCGAUAUUGCGGUGCAAGGGCUGCAGGCGAGACUUUCAAAUGCGGAUCUAGCUGACUAUUUGCUUCAACUGGUACAGGUGGUACGAACCGAAGCCUUCUUGGUGAACCCACUGACCUGUUUCCUUCUUCAACGAGCCCUCGACUGUCCCACACUGAUCGGGGUUCGGUUGUGCUGGCAUCUGCGCUCCCAACUAGACAAUCCGGAUGCCCGCCUUCGUUUCGGUCUGAUUCUGGACGCCCUCUGUCGCGGUUUUGGACCUCGGCUCCUACUCUUCGUCCAUGAACAAGUCAAUGCACUUCAUCGACUUACGGAUCUUGCCAUCUCUGUCAAGCGUAUCGCAGAGGAUGAGGAGCAGCGAGCCCGGUUCAAGUUUGAGCUACAUCGCAGUGAAGUUCGACGCGAUCUUGAGGGCAUCCUCUCCCCCUUACGUUUCUCUAUCAAACUCGGUCCAGUGGUAGAACAGCAAUGUACCGUGAAACGCUCUAAAAAGCGUCCGCUUUGGAUAGUCUGGGCCAAUCCAGACAAUCUCGGAUUUCACCACCACAAAAUUCAUCAACUCCUCUUCAAGCACGGUGAUGAUCUGCGGCAGGAUAUGCUCACUCUCCAGAUCCUCAAAGUAAUGGAUCACAUCUGGAAGGACGAGGGACUCAAUCUCGAUCUCACCACCUACGACUGCCUUGCCACAGGCGAUGAGAUGGGCCUGAUCGAGGUGCGAGUGCGUUCCGCAAUGCAGAUUGACUCCUCCCAACUACAUAAGUGGUUUUUGCAGAAGAAGGCUCCUCCACUGGGCUCGGAGGAGGCCUAUGAGUCGGCCAUCCGGCGGUUCACGAACAGCUGCGCAGGCUACUGUGUGGCUACCUUUGUGUUAGGUAUUCGCGACCGGCACAAUGACAACAUUAUGGUGGAUGAUUCGGGUCGUCUAUUUCAUAUUGAUUUUGGCCACAUUCUAAAUAACAAGAAGAAGAAGUUUGGCAUCACAAGAGAACGUGUGCCGUUCGUGCUGACAAGUGACUUUGCUUGUGUGAUCGCUCGAGGGGAGGAGAAGCCCUACCGAAGCAAGGGGUUCAUGGAUUUUACACGGCUGUGCGAGGAUGCCUACCGCAUUCUGCGACGGCAUUCCAACCUUCUCCUCACCCUUCUCGCCAUGAUGGUACCCUCCGGUCUGCCCGAACUCACUUGCGCCAGCGAUCUGGAAUACGUGCGCAAGACCCUGGCUGUGGAGCUGCGUGACGAGGAGGAGGCGCUAAACUACUUCAACGCCAAGUUUAAUGAGGCCUACAAUGGUGCGUGGACUACGAAAAUCGAUUGGUUCGCCCACUGGGUCCGCCGAUGA